GAGCAAGAGAUUAAAAGAUUACAUUUUGCCCUUGAAUCUACUUACAGUCCUUUCCCCUUAGUAGGUCAGUGAGAACUCUCCAUGUAAAGUAAACGAAAACAUUUGCUUUGCCCUGUCCAUAUUUCUCAGAAUAGUUAAUGUCCUUGUCAGUUGGUUUUGUUUAAUGCUACAUUUGCAAUGCAGCUUUAAAAUAAUGUUCUUCCAACUUUGUUGCCACAGUAUGUGGAAGGUUUGAGGGGGAGGCAGAACUACAGUACUUAACCACAUUGGGAAUCCCGUAAGAGCAUGGACUGCAACGUACUGCAGAUGCUGCUGAGUUAACAGCUGGAUCUGUCCAUGGUGCUGAAAACGUGUUCGGCCCUCCGGAUGUUUCUAUCCUGGUUCACAUAUCAGCUGCAUACUUUUAGUUAGACUGAGAGGAACACAUGUUUGCUCUUCAUUGCUGAUUUAGGAGAGUCUUUGUAUUGUAACAGCGCUCAAAUGAUAAGGAAACUGCCGAGAGACGGAAAACAGCAAAGAGAGGGAGAGUCGAGGGGGUUGGGGGAGAUGAUGUCAUAGUUUUUAGUCUGUGCCAAGCAGAUGGCUGCAGCCGUCCUCCUGUCGCUUAGCUCCUGCUUCCAUCUCCAUCCCAAACAUCAGCCUCAGCUCCAGUGAGUUACAAGCGCUGGAAACGGAAGCCGUUUAGAAGGACACAAAGCGGAAACGUCCUCGUGUGCGCUGUAUGUGAGCGAAUGAUCCUCAAAGCAUAGGGCCAGUCCAAAUCUGAUAUGGACGAAAAUACUGGACCAAGCACGGGGCUUCGAUCGCUCUUCACUUUUGUCUUCAUUCUGUAUUAUGACCAGACGACAGUGUGGACGAGCUAGUCCUGCCCAGAAAGGAGGAGGAGGAGUAGGAGACACACGCACAAGGGUGUCGACGGAGAGAGGCAGGAGCAGAGGAGAAAAGGCGGGGAGCAACGGGGGGAAAUAGACUAGCUAAUAAAUCAAGAUACUGAUAAUGGCUGCUAAAUCGGACGGGGUCCUGAAGAUGAAGAAGAGCGACGUGGCCUUCACCCCUCUGCAAAACUCAGAGCACUCUGGCUCGGUGCAGGGACUCCACCCGGGCGGCCAGCUCGACUCUGCGGGCACCGGGGACGGGGACUUUGCCAACGGGGAGUCGCGGUGCUGCGGUGGGGGAGGCUCAAACUCGACGUGCCUUCGUCUGGGAAGAGGGCAGCAGAAAUAUACGGUGUGGGACUGCUUGUGGAUCGUAGCCGCCGUGGCCGUUUAUUUGGCCGAUGUGGGCACCGAUGUGUGGCUGUCGGUCGACUACUACCUCCGCCACGACUAUUGGUGGUUCGGCCCGACGCUCUUUUUCGUUGUGUUGGGCUCCUUCUCGGUCCAGCUCUUUAGCUUCAGAUGGUUCGUCCACGACUUCAGCACCGAGGACGGUGCCGAUUCUGUCACCGAUUGCUCCCUCAUGGAUGGGAAUAAAUUGCUUAGCGGCUCGGCCUCACACGGUGAUGUUACUGCUCAACACCACCCGGCCACGCCGCAGAGGCAGGCGUCGACCGCCAGCAAGAACACCACUACUAACAGCACGGCGAGCACAGCGCUGGGAAACAAGAAUAGGAAACGUUCGGCCUACUACUCCUUCUGUGUUUGGUUCGGCCAGUCCGUCAUUCACAUCAUGCAGCUGGGCCAGAUAUGGAGGUAUUUCCAUACCAUCUACCUGGGUGUUCGGAGUCGUCAGGGUGCUGAGACAGAGCGCUGGCGUUACUACUGGAGGAUGGUCUAUGAAUUUGCAGAUGUGAGCAUGCUGCAUCUACUGGCAACCUUUCUGGAGAGCGCUCCACAACUGGUGCUUCAGCUGUGCAUUAUCAUCCAGACACACAAGCUCCAGGCUGUGCAAGGAAUGACAGCUGCAGCCUCCCUCGUCUCUAUGGCCUGGGCCCUGGCCUCCUAUCAGAAGGCCCUGCGAGAGUCUCGGGAUGACAAGAAGCCCAUCAGCUAUCUGGCAGUGAUUAUCCAGUUCUGUUGGCACUUCUUCACCAUAGCAGCCCGAGUUAUCACCUUUGCUCUGUUUGCGUCUGUGUUUCAACUCUACUUUGGCAUCUUCAUUGUGCUGCACUGGUGCAUCAUGACCUUUUGGAUUGUCCACUGUGAGACAGACUUCUGCAUCAGCAAGUGGGAAGAGAUUGUGUUUGACAUGGUGGUGGGCAUAAUCUACAUCUUUUCCUGGUUCAACGUCAAGGAAGGACGGACAAGGUGUCGGCUUUUUAUCUAUUACCUGGUAAUCUUGAUGGAGAACACUGCUCUCAGUGCGUUGUGGUAUCUCUACCGAUUUCCUCAAAAUACUGACGCCUUUGCAGUGCCAGCACUCUGUGUCAUUUUCAGCAGUUUCCUCACCGGCAUUGUUUUCAUGCUCAUGUACUAUGCCUUUUUUCACCCGAACGGGCCACGCUUUGGACACUCACCAAGUAGCCAAGGCCUUGACCUGGACCCUACUGCUCAGUUCUCCACUCUGCCAUCAGAAGGUGCCACCAAUUCACUGCGUUCGAACCGAGGUGCUACCACAACUCUAGAACGACAUGAUGUGGGCAAGUAUACUGAGCGAGAUGGCUGCAUGCCAGUGUUUCAGGUCCGAUCCACAGUGCCAUCCACACCAUCUUCUCGUGCUCCACGCCUAGAGGAGAACGUCAUCAAGAUCGACCUUUGUAGGAACCGCUAUCCAGCCUGGGAGCGUCAUGUUCUGGACCGCAGCAUUCGCAAAGCAAUUUUGGCCAUAGAUUGCUCAUUGACUCCUCCACGGCUGCAAUACAAAGAUGAUGCUCUGGUACAGGAGCGGUUGGAAUAUGAGACCACUCUAUAGUCCGCUCGGCUUUCAGAAACCCUGCAGGGGCACAGCAACAGAGUGGUAUCCUGUGAUCACAUAAACAGCAACAGGAACUGUGGCAAUAAGAAUUUGUUACUGGCAUCAGUUUCAAUCUUCAUCUCCCAUUGCUGUCGUUCUUUUUCUAUUUGCGGGUAUCAGAAGUGUUGAGAAGCAGUCGGGACUGUUGGUAAUGGCUGGAUGACCAACUCAGUACAAGUUCAGUUAGUGUCACUGGUGGGAUUGCUACUGGUCAGAUUGUUGAUAUUAUUUUUACUAACACUUAUCUGGUAAAUGUCUUCUAUGGACUAAAUACUAAAUGACACUCUGCUUAGAACAACAAGAAGCGAGUGUGUUAAGGGGUGUUAAGUUAAAGCUGUAAAAUAAUAAAAAGUGGAAUUGUCCAUUGUCCAUACAGACAGCUUUUAAGUCACCAGAUACUCCCAUAAAACAAAGGAGACCUGAAUUACAAACUCGAACUUGUCCAAAUGUGUUGGUGUCCUACCAUAUCAGCCACAAGCAGGUGGGUACUCUCAGUCAUUACUCUCUUUCUCUUAGUGCCAAAAAGGGUCAUUGGGAACAUCCUCUAGAUUCUAAGGAACAACUUAGGGGUGACUGCAUAAUCCAGAAGGUUCUUCUUUGAGCUAGACCUUUCAGUGUUAUUGGACAUCUGUGAUCAACACUGGAAGAUGGCCAGAAAGUGACCUACAAGAAGACAGUGGUCAAAGUAGCAUCUAUGAGCAGUGAUGGUGUUUUGUUUGGGCAAAACAUACUAAAUGAUAAGGCUGAAUGUUAUAAUAGGAAGCAAGAAAAGGGGGCAAAGGUUAAACACUAGCUAAUGGUCUCGUUCUGAAAAGGAAGCAUUCAAACAUACCCAAUGCCAAGAAAAAAAAUCUUCCUGGCAGCUCAACAUAACUAUUUGUAGUCCGGCCUCAGAAACACAGCUGCAUAAUUAUUCUAAUCUUUGCUUGUAUGUGGAGGGUGAAAGCAUGUGCCAGACACCAAUGAACUGAAGAGAGGAGAGAGAAUGAUACCGGAAAUGGAAAUGAGUUGAGGAUCGAAACACAGACAAGCAGCCAACUCAGCCAUUCCAACCAGCCACCAGGAUGUACAGUACUCAUGCAACAUGCAGCAUUUUUAUUUUAGAGAUGAAGUAGAGGCUACUAAAGUCAUUGUAAUCCUGUGUGUGUGUGUGUGUGUGUGUGUGUGUGUGUGUGUGUGUGUGUGUGUGUGUGUGGUUUACACAAAACAAGCAAAGUAGAACGUGUGGUUAGUCUGUCUGAAUAGAAUCUUUGCUGUAGGUAUGCAGAUGACACACGUCACCUCUUGAGGAAAGAUUGCCCUUUUUUAAAACACUUGGAUUUUUUACAUUUUGACUCAACACAUUUACCAACCAAACCACACAACACAGGUUAGCACAGUGCUGGAAGUGUCCACUGGCAAAUGAGAAAAUGAGACGGGAAAAAGCUUGAUCCUGAUCAUACUACAUAUCAUGCUCUGGAAUACAACCAUUUUCCAUACGUAACUUUUAAUGUGGGUAACAAAGACAGUAAGUGUAAAUAACAGAAUGUAGGAUUUAUUCAAUCAGAAAUGCAAUGCUGUGACAGGCGGCUAACCAAAAAUGACAAUUGGACUACAACCAUGGUGGUGUUAAAUGAUGAAACUGUAAACAUAUACAAGCUCCAAUAGAUGGUGUUUUGGGCCAAAGCAUUUUUCAAAGUCCAAUCAAAGUAUUAAACAUACACACAUAGUGUUGUUAUAUGGAAAUUACAUUUAUGAAAAUACCUCAAACAUUUAUCAUGCCAUACCACAAGCUUUUAUUUGCUAUUUUCCAAAAUGUUUAUGGUGUACUUCCAGUAGUUUGUCAUGGAUGACCUGGAUCAAGAUGGUGCCUGUUUUUCCCAAAAGUUUGUUCCAACCUGGUAGCAAGUUUCAGGGGAGUCAGGGGGUCUUACAAAAUUCAAAGGUUGAUAUAGUGCAUUACGAUGUUGUGCAGUGCACUAUAAAAAGUAUGAAGAAUACUGUGUAAGUCUGUGUUUGAUGUUACCAGUUCAAUUGUCCUGGCCCGGUUGACGUAGUGUGCAUGCGUGUAUUCCAAACCUUGGAACAUCCCCUGAAAGAGAGAACCAGAGACUGAAGACAUAGGAGGUGCUGUGCCAUCCCAUUUGCACCAUUCUGCUUAUUCUCAAAAACCACAUAACUUUACUUCAAGAAACGCUGGGCAGCAACAGACAAUAUCACCUCACAGAUUAGUUGUCUGUUAGUCAAGAAUUUUAGCUCUCUCCCUGCUUUUCCUGUGCUAAGAUAGAGUCCAGAUAAAAUGAAUUCUAGGUGGUCUUUUGUCCAAAGUCUUUGUUUUAAAGCAUGGAAAGAGAAAAACACAAAGCGAGUCAGUGAUAAUCAGGAUAUUCUGACCUCAGCUGGUCCUUUCUGUAAACACUUUUGCAGGUCAUUGCAGUUAUUUGAAACCACAGCACAAUGGCCAUCAUAAUGUUGUGGAAACAAAGAUAUAAGUGAAAAAAGACUCUGUAUUGUGCCCAUUAUAUACAGACCACUUAGAGAACGUAGGGUUACAUUGUAACCUUGGUUCUCUGAGUGAGAGACUAUCUCUCCACUCCGUAUACAUGGAACAUGUAACGGAGUUGAGAGAUAGUCUCGAUAUGAUAGAGAACCAGGAUGAUGUGUAUGCAGAAUAUACUAUGCUGGUAAGUACUGGCAUAUUCCCACCAUUUUUUGUGGUUUCUAUUAGAUAGAAGUUUCAAUUACAUACUGUAUGUUAGGGUUUUUUAAUAAUUGUGUUUUCUUCAUGGUGACAAGUCAAAAAUGUUUUCUGUAAAAAAAAAAAAAAAAUUCAAAGAAGCAAUCUUGAAUGAUACAGACAUAUUUUUGUGCUUACGCCAAAGCCUCUGUGUUUUACCAGAGACAUACUUUUAAAGGACUAUAGCAGUGGUUUUGCACGUUUUAGAAAAUCUUUUUGCAAAACCUUUUGCUGUAUUUCUCGAGUUUCACUAUAGUCUUUGAACUUUUGUUGUUGGUUGUUAUUAUUAUAAAGUAAUGCAUUGGAGACUUCCUAAGUAUAUCUUCAUUUAAACAGUCAUACACUGCACAAUUUUAAACUGUACUGUAAUGAACAAAAAUCCACAAAGUAGAUAUAAAUCCACAAAUCUGGCAGUCUAUAGCCUGCAUAAAAAAUGGCUGCAAAAAUCUAUUCAGACUGAGCAGUUGGACCUAAAAACAUGCAAACAGUGUUACGGCUGAAGUUUGACAACAGAUACUUUUAUGUGUGUGUGUGUGUGUGUGUGUGUGUGUGUGUGUGUGUGUGUGUGUGUGUGUGUGUGUGUGCAGUGUGAGUUUCCAUCAGAUAUUUUGAGGAGACCAAUCUCUAUCGUGGCAUUAAUGUCUCUUCAUUAUUUUUUGGUUACUUUGAGAUUUCCAUGGACUUGUGUUUGGUGGAGGAAUACACUUGUGCUUUAGUGAAAAUGCAGUCUACAUAAAGCUUUUGUGGGUUCAGCAGAAGCUGCAUAACAUAAGACAGAUGUCCUGAAGUAAUACUACAGUAGCUGAAUCAACAUUAGUGACAACUAAAAAGACUAAACGCUUUAAAAUAUACUAAACUGGAGGAUUUUCCAUUUAAAGUAGGGACAUUUCCAGACCUAUUAUUUGGGAACAAACUCGGUGGUGAGUGAUGUAGAUAUAAAGCGUUUGUCUUUUGUCAUUUUGUUUUUUUCUUGGGAUAAAGACACAAGUUUCAUGAUGGCACAGUACUGUUAGAGCAAGGCAUAUACUGUACAAGGAGGUACAUACACUGCCUGUUCAGGAAACCAAGAGCAGGCUGUGGAAAAAACUUUCAUGAUCCGUUCAAAUAAAAAAAAAAAGUGAAAUUAAUGCUUGUCUUUUUUAAUGAAAAAAGUGAAUAAAAUAAAUCAGUAACUGGGCUGUCGGUGGAUAAAGAGAAAGUCUAAACAUGUAUAUUUAAUUAAAAAUAUCACAGCAUGUGUCAAACUAAAAAAUGUGAGGUGGCAAAUGUAGAAAUGGUUCUCAACCACUGCACCAUCCUAGUGCACAGUUCAAAAGCCAGCAGAUGUGGUGGUAUGCAUUAAUAUGCAUGCCAUGCAUAAAUUGCACAUCUCUGAAGAAGACAGUUCGUCCAUAGGUAUUUGGAUAGUGACAUAAUUUUAGUAAAUUUCCCUCCGGAAUAGCUUUCAGCUACAUUCAUUGUUGUAGAUAUGGUUCCCCAUUUGCAGAUUUUUCACUGAUGCUUUCUUCUGUACUGAGUUAAGCACCGAGGGUUUCUCUGUUGUUUUGGAAACAGGGUUGCAAAUGCAGCCUUGUAUUUCUUAGACAUCCAAGCAAUUUAUUUUAGUUUUCAGUUCAAAAAUGAGCUGUAGCCUUAGUUUACUCAUCACCAUCAACACACACAGUACAUUGAUACAAAUAUGUGUGGAACAUGAAGCUACCUCAGUUCGUCUCAUGAACAAACCCUUACAGAUUGUCUGUCAAUUCAUUUUCUUCUGUAACACAGUUGACACUUCUGUUUAAAUGAAAAUAUGUUUACCAAAAUUAAAGAGAAUUCCAAAUAACAAUAAAUAUUAAACCCUAUUAAAACCCUCCAAAGUAUAACAUUGAUAGUAUGACAGUUAUAUGGCAUUGGAAAUGGGCUGAUUGUUGGUUUUAUGAUAUAAAGGUGACUGUUGUUGUGAUUUGACUAUAUAAACAUUUGACCUGAACAGAACUGAGGAUUAGGGUUCAACUAAAAAAUAUUACUUUAGACCUUGUUUGAUUAGAACUAGAAAGAGAGAGCAGAUUUCUCCUGUAUUGGCUUCCCUUCAUUGGCUCCCUGUUAAAUCCAGAAUUCAAAAUCCUGCUCCUCACAUACAAGGUCUUAAAGAA